AUGGACUCAUAUACGCAAUCACUUCUGAAAACAACCCAUACAUUCAUGCGCAAUGAAAGGUCGCUUCUUUCCUUAGCAAAGAAGUCUUCCGGUACACUAGCCAAAGAGUAUCAGAAAGAACUUACUAGAUACAUUAAGGAUCUUUCCUAUCUUGAAAGAAAGUUUUCCAAAAGAGGAAACCGGCUUAACAAUAGCGCUAUUCACAUAGCUUCGCUCACUUCUUCUAGUGAUCCUAAAGCUCUUCAAGAUUUAAUAUCUCACAAAGUCGCUGACUUGCUCCAAAGAAAAAUCAGUCUUAUCAAAGAGAUCAUUGAAUGCAAAAAUAACCUCAAACAACACAGCAAAGUAAUCAAUGCUUACAUCAGCAUGCUGGAUGAUUCCCCGACUAAUAACUCCGGUUUGUUCUUCCCAAGUAGUUCUGAUUUUCACUCGUUCUCCAUUGAGAACCUCACCGAGGAGCAACGAGAAAUGAACCAUAAGAUUCUCGAGCACUAUCGGCAAUACAACAAAUUAUUAGCCGAAAUAGAAGAUAUUGCCCAAAGCACCAAUGUUAGCAAACAAGAUCGUAAAACCAUCUUCUCCAUUCUCUUCCCCACCUCCUCACACGACUCCUUUCCCUACCUCUCUAAAUCCCUACGAUCUUUAUUUGGCUCACGCAUUGCCUCUUUUGAUGGGUUUAUCAAAGAGGUCUAUCAUAAGAGUGCUAGUAAAGAAAUCUAUUUGACUGCCAAUCCCGAUGGUUUAGAUGUGCUCAUCUGCUUUGUCCAUUUCUGUCGCAAACACCUUAUUUGUGCCUCUGGGUUUCUACUCGGUAGUAUUUCCACCUGUGUGUUGGUUAAUUGGCGCUUAUUCGAUCUAUUUGCUUCUUAUAAGACUUCUCGGCUCACUCUUUUUUCCUACUCCUUCCUCAGUCUUAGUGUCUUGUUCUUUUGGGUUAGUGUCGGUGUUGUUAGCUUCUUUUCUUCUUGGGUCUUUGGCUACUCUCUACCUCCUAGCUCGACUACCACUACUUCCAAUACCGCCUCACCAACCAGUAGUUCUUCCUCCGCCCACAAACUGUAUCUUCUCUUUGCUCUUAAUCUCGGUGUCACCAUAUCUUCCUCAGUCUUAGCCGCCUCCCUAGUCUAUUUUUUAUCUAUCUCCAUUACUAUCUCUCACCAUAUAUCUAUCUUCCAAUUCGCCUCAUUAGCUCUAGCCAAAUUCGCUCUCUACUUCUACAUCAUUGGCUUCCUCUUCAUGCUAAAGAAGUCUCGAACUAUAUCUCCUAAACCAAGUGGCACCAUUUUACUUGCUAUCUUCUCCAUUCUUCUGACCACCGCACUAUCCGGAUACAUUUCCUAUCUCUCCCUCUACGGCCUCUACCAACUCAUUCACUAG